UGCGGUUCGUGUUGGGCCUUCUCAGCCAUCGCCGCACUCGAGGGACAGUUAGCUCUCAAAACCGGAAAACUGGUCUCACUUUCGGAGCAAAAUGUGAUGGAUUGCAGUCACCCUCAGGGCAACAACGGGUGCGGUGGGGGUCUAAUGGACUACGCGUACGAGUAUAUCAUCAAACAGGGAGGCGUCGAUACGGAGGCCAGUUAUCCGUACAAAAUGGCAGACCUUAAGUGCACGUAUAAGAAGGAGUCAAAGGGCGCCUCCAUUCAGAACUACACAGACGUACGUAUGGGCGAUGAGGAGGCACUUAAGGAGGCGGUGGCUAAUGUGGGGCCGAUAGCCGUGGCCAUCGACGCCCAGUACGAGACCUUCCAGUUGUAUAAGUCGGGUGUCUAUGACGAGCCCCUGUGUUUCCAG